CACACAAUGAACAUCCUCGACACGCUCUUCGGGCGCACCGUCACCCCCGCUGAGCGCUUGCGCCAGCACCAGCGCAGCCUGCAAAAGGCGCAGCGUGAGCUCGAGCGCGAGCGCAACAAGCUCGAGCAGCAGGAGAAGAAGACGAUGGCGGAUAUCAAGAGGAAUGCCAAGCAGGGGAACAUGAACGCAUGCAAGAUCCUCGCCAAGGACCUCGUCCGCACACGGCGGUACAUGCAAAAGUUCACCCAGAUGCGUGUGCAGCUCCAGGCAGUGUCGCUGCGCAUGCAGACGCUGCGAUCAAACGAGCAGAUGGCGAGCGCGAUGAAGGGGGCGACGAGGGCGAUGGGACAGAUGAACCGCAGCCUCAACCUGCCGCAGAUCCAGCGCAUCAUGAACGAGUUCGAGAAGGAGUCGGCCACGAUGGACAUGAAGGAGGAGCUCAUGUCGGACGCGGUCGACGACGCGAUGGAGGACGAGGAGGAGGAGGGCGAGGAGGUCGAGAGCGACAAGAUCCUCAAGGAGGUGCUGGACGAGAUUGGCCUGAGCAUGAACGAGAGCCUCGCAUCCGCACCCACGACCAACCCCAUCACGUCCGAGCCGCUCCUGCAGUCGCGCGUCGCAGUGGCAGAGGGCGGGCCCGGCCCGUCGGCGCCGACGCCGCCCCCGAACGUGGGGGGCAACAGCGCCGACGACGAGCUGCAGCGCCGGCUGGACAUGCUGCGGAGGGAUUAGUUGUGUCGAGAUGUCGACUGUUCACUGUUGUUAUUUGCGCGCGAUGAUGAUGAUGCAUAGACUCGGGCUCGGG